GGGCCUGUCCGCGACAGAGAAGCGAAGGGUCCCGUUGUGAGCGCUGGAGAGCCGUGCAGCGUGUGUCAGGUUUCAUUCAGAGAGAGACUCAGGCGCUCAGCAGUCAGACAAACCCGUCAAAUGGCACGACCGAAGCGCGCAGACUCCCACUAGAGCCGGAGCUCACUCAACAAUUAUCUCCAUGCGCUUGGAUGAGCGGCAUGCCUCAGUCGAGGUCGUUUUGAAGAUCGAGUUUUCACACGAAAAGCGCUUUAACUGCCAGGAAGGAGAACUUUAAUCAGUUUAUUUGAGCACGAGCCCGUUCGGUGGUGGAUAAACAUCACACAGCCUAAACAGGUCUCGCAGACAUGGAGGACAUGAAAUUGCGAGUAUCACCUCAGUCCGGUCUGGAGAGGACCUGCGUCCAGCAUCCCUGCCAAAAGCGCCUUGUGACAAACUGGAAGGACGCGUGUGCUGUCUGCGUGUGUUUGAUCUCGUUUGGAGUUUGCGUGUUGCUCUACCUGAGGACGUCGGACCUACAGUCCAGGGUGCUCAGUUUGGAAAAGGACAGAGACCCCCGCACCUCCAGCUGGAUCUCUCUGGAACAGGUGGAGCCCGUCCUGUGGAGUCGACUGGAUCAGAUAUUAGAGGAGAAAUUAGCAGCACGUCUGCCGAAGAUCCGUGAGGCUCGGGAUGCUCCUCACAGCUGCAUCUGUCCACCAGGACCUCCUGGUUUGAGGGGAAAGAAAGGCCGUGAUGGGGCUUCAGGUCCUCCUGGUCCACCUGGACGAGCAGGCUUUCCGGGAGACAAAGGAUCAAUGGGCAUUCCUGGAAGAAUGGGCUUAAAGGGAAACCUGGGGGAGAAGGGAGCGCCAGGAGAGCCAGGUCUGUCUAUCAUUGGCCCACGAGGACCUCCUGGACAACCCGGAACUAGAGGAUUUCCAGGCUUUCCGGGCCCCAUUGGCUUGGACGGGAAACCUGGACAGAAUGGUCCAAAGGGUGAUAUGGGUCCUCGUGGUCCUAAAGGAGUACCAGGUGAACCUGGUCCAAAAGGAGAGAAGGGUGUAUGUGGCGACUACACUCACCGGAAACGCCGUAUUGUCAACGCCUGUGCUGGAGGACAGGCCACACAGAUGUUGCCCAUCACCGUCCGCAACAUGCCCUCAAUAAGCCCUCUAAUCCUAAAGCGCCUCAAGCAGGGCGAGCCUGGGGCUCAGGGACCACCGGGACCUCCUGGCCCCCCAGGGCCUCCAGGGACUCCUGGCCUAACUGGUGUUAGUGGGCCCCCAGGUAAACCCGGAGAACCUGGAAAACCUGGAAAAGACCCAAGAAUGCUACCGGGCCUGAAGGGUGAACCCGGUGUACCUGGACAAAAGGGUGAUCGAGGUGAAGCUGGCCCAAGUGGACCUGAAGGCCCCAAGGGAAUUAAAGGAGAUGAAGGAACGAAGGGUGAUUCUGGGGUGGAUGGGCAUCGAGGAGAGAAGGGGGAGAAGGGUGAGCUAGGGAUGCCUGGAAUGCCUGGGAAACAAGGAUUGAAGGGAGAGCCUGGUUUCCCAGGUGUCCCUGGACGAAAGGGUCAGGCAGGUGUUUCUGGUAUCCCUGGAAAACGGGGCUACAAGGGUGAGAAAGGCGAGCCUAGUGCUGCAGGAGCUGGCAUCAAAGGAGAACCAGGUUCCCCGGGACAGCACGGACAAGCCGGACCCAAGGGUGAGAAAGGUGAUCAAGGCAUAAAGGGUGAUCCUGGCCAGGAAGGCCCAUCUGGACCAAGGGGCCCACCAGGUCCAACUGGGGAGCCAGGGAAAUCUUUAAUCAACAACAAUGAAAAUGAUAUACGCAACGUGCAUCUAAUGGGCCCUCCUGGUUUGCCUGGACCUCCUGGGCUUCCCGGGACCCCCGGUUUGAAGGGUGAUGUUGGACUUCCAGGUCCCCCUGGUCUUGAUGGGGAAAAGGGUCCGAGAGGAAAGCCAGGAGAACUGGGACCCAUCGGCCCUCCUGGACCUGAGGGACCUCGGGGAGAAGGAGGAGCCAUAGGCUUGUCUGGGCCAAAAGGAGACAGGGGUGACAUGGGCCCCUCAGGGUCACCUGGUUUAGAUGGCCCUACUGGAGAAAAAGGGGUUUCAGGGCCCCCUGGCCAUAUUGGAUUGCCAGGCUUAAUGGGUCAGAAAGGUGAACCUGGGGAGAAAGGAGAUAAAGCAGAACUGGUCUAUGGGCCUGCUGGACCUCCAGGGCCAGUUGGGCCAUUGGGACCUCCAGGUUUGCCAGGACCAAAGGGAGAACCAGGAAUAGGGCUUAGAGGAGAGAAGGGAUCGUCUGGACAGAAAGGAGAGAAAGGAGACAGGGGCCAUCUCGGACUCCCUGGGGCUCAUGGUUUAGACGGCAGGCCUGGUCCAGUGGGUCUGAUAGGACCAGCUGGAGUGCCUGGGCCUGCAGGACCAAAAGGAGAAAUGGGGGAAAAGGGUGAUAUGGGAGUUGCUGGACCAAUUGGGCCUCAAGGCAUCCCUGGUUUAGUAGGACCACCGGGAUUAAAAGGAAACCGGGGGGAGAGGGGCAAGAAAGGCAACAGGGGGGCCAAAGGGGAUAAGGGAGACCAAGGAGCCCCGGGAUUAGAUGCCCCGUGUCCGUUGGGUGAUGAUGGUUUGCCGGUACCCGGGUGUUGGAAUAAAGGUCAGAAUCCGUUCCAGCUUGCCAGGAAAUAAUACCGCCGUGAGAUCCGCGGGGUUCUGGUUCGAUUUCCUUCAUAAGCAACGCAAAAACUUGAAGAGGUUUUGGGAGAUCUUUGAGUCCGGCCCGCUCUUUGGUGGCCGUUUGAAGGUUUAUCCCCAUCCCGUAGUACCGAAAGGCUCCGGAGAGCGGCGGAGGCGAGCAGACCCGACACCGACCGGCCUGCGGAAAAAGACGACAAACGCAAGACGUGGCCCGUCGUUUCUCCAAGCGUUACACCUUUUCUUUCUCUUUUAUAUUGUUCACUAUGUGAAAGAAACAUUUUAGCACAUUUCGUUCCUCGAUGUCGAAUGAUGUUUGCGGUCAGAGGAUCCCAGCGCAGCUCGUCGAACACGCGCCGGUGUUCGUGUGUUUCCAGACAAACCAAAGAAAGACGAAACGAUUCCUGAUUUAAACUAUCACUGCCUUCUGUCGAGGGUUGCGGGUGGAAUGCAACCCCGCACUUCGUCCGCGCUCGCGUUUAAGUAUGUGCUUUUCUUUAUGCGCGUGUAGGCCGCGGUCAUGCUUGUACAUGGCGCAGAUAUUACAGACUAACUAAAAAGUGAGAAUACAAUAAGCUGUCCGGGCUAAAAACGAAGGCUAUCGCUGUAACUAAUUUAAAUCGACGUACCAACUAAAUUUUACUUCAACAACAAAAAAAAUCGGGCAUUUUAUGGUGUUGCAACAUUUCACUGCUGUAAACAUAGAUGUCAGCGCGGCCUCCAUCUGUAUAUUUCGCCAGCUCUUUAUAAUGCAAAUAACUGCUUUCAGUUUGUUUGGGUAAAUGUACUCGAACAGAAUAUGCGGAUACUUUUCGGAUCGUACCGGGGCAGCUAAAGCAACAAAUUAAACCAGCGGUGACACAUUUGGCCGUUUAACUUAUCGUUGGUUUAGCAUAUGUUUAAACUGCUUGUUUAUAUGCCUACAGCUGAGUAGAGUAAACCUCCUUUGUUGACAUGAAAGCUAAUUUUGGUUGUUAUUAUUACCAGUCACAGAAUAUACAGUACUGCUAUGGGAUGACAAGGCCACAUCGAACUGUAAGGGAAAAUAAUCUUUCAUUUCUUUUAAAACUAUAACCUGGAUUUUUUUAAAAAUGAUGUGGUGUCAUAUGUACCAGCAGCUAUGUUUUUUUUUUUGUUUUAACCUCAUGCAAGCAUUCCUUAUAUUAUACUUUGACUGUUUCAGACAAAGAUCGGUUGUAUAUAAACCCACUGUAAAUGUAGUUUCAUUGAAUCUUCCAGUAUGUCAGUUUUAAUAGAUCAAGGUGUUAUCCAGAUAAAUGAAAUUAGUUUGCAUUCAACUCCUGAAGAACUGUUUCCUCGUCGGUAUAGGUUGCGGUUUUCAUUGUAUUCUGAAUUAGAUACAGAAAAAGAAAGAUAACGUUAAAUGUGUUUAUUUAAAACUUUCGUUAUUAUUGUAAAUGACUGAGAAUCUAAUUUUAGACAUUAAAUUGAAUGAUUUCAUAGAGAUACACUUAAAUAUAAAGGAUCUUCAGUGGGUUAUUGGGGCUCAUUUUCACUGUUUGAGGGUCUUGACUAUGAUUUUCUGGAGAUUUAAAGUUCUUUAUUAAUUUCUAGUAUCUUUAAAUCACUAUUUUUUUUUUAAGAAUUGGCAUUAGACUGUAAAUAUACUGAUUUAUGGCUCCAAGGUAAAUCCCUUUUAACUGUUACCUUUAUUUCUAAGUGUGUUAACACCUGUACAUUUACAGACGUGCAUUAUUUUAUAUCAGUAGGCAGAGAAUUGUUAAUAUUUGCAUCAAACUUCAGAUUAUAAUAACUGCCAAAAAGAAGAGAAAUACAUAUUUUUUUGUUGUUAUAUUCUCAAACUGGUUGCACGUAUGACUCCUUCUGGAUCCACUCUCAUAAUGCUAAAUUUACAAUGCUCAUAAAACAGGAUGAAUCUGAUCUUAUGCAUUCUGCAUUAUAUUAGCAUUUGGGUGAUUUUUUUGACUUUAGGGCAUGUUGUAAAGUGUUUUCGUUUUGUUGUACACAAGGCAUCGUUUCUCUUUUUUUUCAGUAUAAUUUUGCACAUUGAAGUGUGUGUGUGUGACUUUUUCUAUGUUUUGAACAAGAAUAUAAUAUUUGUACUGUACAUCGUGCGUUUUCUACACAUUUCCCUUUUUUGACGAACGUUGUGAAUCUUGUAUUGUUCUUUGUGCAGUGUACUCUUUAAAUGAUGUGUCACGCCGAUAUAAAUAUCCUGACUAGAUUCAGAUCUGCCACACGGCAGUUAAAGGACAACGGUAGUGCACCCAAAAAAUAAAAGUGCAGAUUAGGAGAAACUCAGCAUGACAUCCCUUUCUCAGCGACAGAUCCUCUGUAGUGAAUGGGUGCCGUCAGGUUGAGUGUCCAAACUGCUGAUAAAAACAUAAUACACAUAACUCCAGUCCAUCAGUUAACAUUGAGUAAAGAGAAAAUCCUAAUGCAUCAUUAAGACUUUUUUUACUUUAAACGGCUGCUUCUGGCUAACAUAUGACUCCACAGUAAUUCAUAAUUAAAUUAAUUAAUUUAAUCCUCUGUUUGAGCUCUCACUUUGACGGCACCCAUUCACCCAUUUAGGGGAUAUAAUGCAAAAUUUCUCCGGAUAUGCCUCUCUAGAUAAUCUUUUGAUACAGCUAUAUAUAUAUAUGUGUAUGCAUAUGUUUGAUUAGUCAGUUAUUAUUUGCAAUAUUAUAAAUUGACCCUUAAUGAGGAGUACACUUCCAAGCUGUCAAGCUGAGCUAGGAACAUUAACCCAAGUUGCCAGUUGUAUUUUUUGAUGCCAGUUUAUUCUUGGAUCAUUCUGAUCUCUUUCUCACACACUGCCUAUUCGUGAGCACUGCUGUCUUGUAGGAGAAGUUCAGACUUUGUUCACCAGCUGCUCACAAACACUUUUAUCUUUACAUUUUUCGUUAAGUGUGUUUCAUACCAAUAGCAAAUAUGUUAUCAAACAUUUUGUGUGAUACCUUCGAUGCUGUUGUUGUUGUUGUACGUAAUCGAAAAUGGAUAAGAGGGCAUUUAUUUCUGUGCUUGUACGGGAAGUGCAAAUGCAAGAUAAAUUGCAGCCGCUUGCAUGGAUAUUAUACACCUACUUGUAUACAUUUACAGCCUGACUAACGUUUUCCGUUCUGAUUGACUAAAGGUUGACUUUACGCUUCCUUCCUUCUUUAAAAUGCUCAAAAUCAAGCAUCGAGUAAAUAUGUAAACGUUUAUUAUUGUUGAUUCAAUAUAUGCUUCUGGAGAAACCAACUUUUUAAUGUUUUGUUGAUUUCGUUUUUUCAUAAUGGGAUUAUGUUUAUGUAGUUUAUUUAUUUUUAGCUUUUUGUUUGUUUUUCAAAAAAUACGUCUGAACUGUAUUAGCCGGUGAAAUAAAGGAAAUGAAAUAAUGGAAA